AUGAUUGCCAAACCCAACUGUUCUUCAAAGGAUUCCUUGUCAUCAAGAUGUUUCCAAGAUGUGCUGUGCAACACUAGUGUUGUGUUGAACCUCAGUGAGGUGGAGAUGGAAGAGUUUUGCCUUAACCAAGAUGAGUAUCUGGAGAAAUAUCUGGGACCUAGACGUUCCCCAGUGUUUCUGCCUGUUUGCAUCACCUACUUGAUAAUCUUCUUGGUGGGAGCGGUGGGAAACAUUCUUACGUGCAUUGUUAUUGCUCGCAACAAGGUCAUGAGGACACCCACCAACUUCUACCUGUUCAGUCUGGCGGUGUCGGACUUGCUGGUGCUUCUCCUGGGAAUGCCUUUGGAGCUCUAUGAAAUGUGGAGUAACUAUCCAUUCCUUUUGGGCAAGGGUGGCUGCUACUUCAAGACCUUCCUCUUUGAGACUGUGUGUUUUGCCUCCAUCCUCAAUGUAACAGCGCUGAGCGUGGAGCGCUACAUAGCUGUGGUUCAUCCGCUCAGGGCCAAAUAUGUAGUGACACGCACUCACGCCAAGCGGGUGAUCUUGAGUGUGUGGAGCGUGUCCGUCUUGUGUGCCAUUCCCAACACCAGCCUCCAUGGCAUCUUUACCCUCCCUCUUCCUAAAGGAAAAGGAGCAGGAGCCAUGCUCACAUCCGCCACCUGCAUGCUGGUCAAGCCACGUUGGAUGUACAACCUGAUCAUCCAAAUCACCACUUUGCUGUUUUUCCUCCUGCCCAUGUUGACUAUCAGUGUGCUGUAUUUGCUCAUUGGCAUGCAGCUAAAACGAGAGAAGAUGUUGCAGGUCCUGGAGGCAAAAACCAGUCUGGGACAAGACAGCUCCUCUAAUGUGCAUAGUCAACAGCAGAAAACACGUCGCCAACAGGUCACUAAAAUGCUGUUUGUACUAGUGGUCAUGUUUGGCAUCUGUUGGGCUCCAUUCCACACUGAUCGACUCAUGUGGAGUUUCAUGGACCAGAAGAACAGUGAACACAUGAAGAUUGUCCAGGUCUAUGAGUAUGUCCAUGUCAUCUCUGGGGUCUUCUUCUAUCUGAGCUCAGCCAUUAAUCCAAUUCUCUACAACCUCAUGUCCACCCGCUUCAGAGAGAUGUUUAAAGAGGUGAUGUGCCACCACAAAUGGCAUCCCGCCCCAAGGAAACGCUCAUUGAGCAUGACAAGGGUUACAGUGCGCAGCACUGUGAGUGAAGUCCCACCUUGCAAUGGUACCAUUACUACUGAAGGAGAAGAUUAUGAUAUGGAUGAAUGCCAGGAAAAUAAGACCAACUUUUCCUAA